AUGCCGCCCCGAGCCCGAAACGCAGCUGGACCGGGGAGCUGGGUGACCCUCAGAGGCCCCCGCCCGAGGCGCACUCUGGGAAAUGUAGUCCGUUCUGGGCCCGGCGCUGUGGGAGGCGGCGCCCUAAACUUUGAGGGAGCCGAGGGUGACGCCUGCGCGCCGGGCGCUGGGAUUAAGCAAAGCCUCACUUUUAAGCCUCUGGCCCAGCUCACUGCUGAAACCGUGCCCCCCAUUGUUGCUGAAGGGGGCACCGUGCUCCUGCAUGUCCACCACCUGCCACCGAAUCUUUUGCCUUGCUGGUUCAAGGGAGAAGAGACCAUCCACAGCCAUCACAUUGUCUUCUUUCUGCCAGCAAAUGGACAAUCCAAAACAGGUCCUGCCUACACGGGCAGAGAGAUCGUGUUCUGCGAUGGCUCCCUGGUAUUCAAGAAUGUCACUUGGAAUGACACUGGGAUCUACACCCUACAAAUCAUACAAGAGGACUUGUGGAGUCAGACGGUGUCUGUGGAGCUCCGUGUAGCCCCCUUACUUUCAUCAGUCCCGAAGCGGGUCGGCCUUGCCAAGCUCACUGUUGAAAUGAUACCGCCCUUGGUUUUCAAAGGAGAGGAUGUUCUUCUCCGUGUCCACAACGUGCCAAGGAAUGUGUUAGCCUUCUAUUGGUUCAAAGGAGCCAAGAUUGACCACACCCAAGAAGUUGUCUUCUAUUUGGCCUAUGUUAGACAAUUCGGCCAAGGACCUGCAUCCAGUGGCAAAGAAAAAUUGUACCCCGAUGGAUCUUUGCUGUUGAGAAACCUCACUUGGAAAGAUACAGGACUCUACAGCCUACAGAUCAUACAGGAUGGUCCUGACAUUGACUUGCUGUCCGUGGAGAUCCGCCUGGCCUCCCCACAGGUAGCUGUCCAGUUCCACGCCACCCUUGCCAACAUCUUUGUGGAAACUGUGCCGCCCAAAGUUAUUGAAGGGAAAGAAGUUCUUCUCCGUGUCCUUAAUCUGCCACAGAACAUUAUGGCCUUUCACUGGUUCAAGGCAAAAGAAGCCAUUGACAGCCGUCAAAUAGCCUUCUAUUUUCCAACUGUCGGCACAUCUAAGACAGGACCAGCACAUAGUGGCAGAGAGAAAUUGUUCUUUGAUGGAUCUCUGCUAUUGCAGAACCUCACUCUGAAAGACACUGGAUUCUAUACCCUCCAAAUCACUCGGACAGAUCAGAGGAUUGAUUUGGUGUAUGUGGAGAUCUCUAUUUCGUCUCAAUAUGAAUGGGCUCUGCCCUUGAACAAGUCGGACAUUUUCCUGAAGGUUCACAAUCUGCCAGAGAAUCUUUUAGCCUUCCGGUGGUUCAAAGGACAAGAAACCAUCACCUCCCAGCAAAUCGCCUCGUACGUGACAGGUCUUAGAGUUACUAUACCAGGACCUGCAUCCAGCCACAGAGAGAUCGUGUACCCCAAUGGCAUGCUCCUGCUGCAGAAUUCCACUCAGGAGGACCUAGGAAUAUACACCUUGCAAACUAUAAGUGAAGAUCUGUGGUGUGAGAGAAAAUCUCAGCAUAUCCCACUUUACCAAGGAAGCAUGGUUACCCUACAGAUCCGAAACCUGCCACACAAUGUGUUUGCCUUACGCUGGUUUAAAGGAGAGGAGACAGUGGACAGACAUCAGAUUCUCUUCUAUUUGCCCAAAGAGAAAUACUUCAAAGCAGGGCCCGCCUUCCGAGGCCAGCAGAUCCUGUUCCUGGAUGGUUCCUUAAUGUUCCAGUCCGUCACAAAGAGUGACAUGGGAUUCUACACUUUGCAGGUCAUCCAGGACAACCUGUGGAGCGAGGAGGCGUCGGUGUUCCUCCUCGUGUCCUCUUCACCUCUAUCUUUGUCCAACUGGACCACCCCUGCCAACGUUGCCUUUGAAUUGGUGCCCCCCUAUGUUUUUGAAGGAGAGGAUGUUCUUUUACGGGUCCACAAGUUACCAAAGAGUUCACUGGCCUUUCGCUGGUUCAGAGGGAAAGAGGCUAAUAAAUCCAAUCGCAUUUUCUUGUAUUUGCUAACCAUUGGAAAAUGGAAAUCAGGACCGGCUUACAGCGGCAGACAGCGGGUGUACCCAGAUGGCUCCCUGCUUUUCCAGAACAUCACUCAGAAUGACACCGGCUUCUACACCCUAGAAAUUGUCUCGGAAGAUGUGAAGACUGAAUUUCUGUCCGUGGAGAUCCACCUGGCCUCCCCUCGGUUAACCUUCUGGUACAACACUACCUUGGCCAAUACCACUGUUGAAAUAGUGCCACCCAAAGUUAUUGAUGGGAAGAAUGUUCACCUACUGGUCCACCAUCUGCCACAGAAUAUUCUAGCCUUUUGCUGGUUCAAAGGAGAAAAGACGAUUGAUAGUCAAGUAAUUUAUUUCUCUAUGCCAACCAUUGGACAGCUUCAAGGACCGGCACACAGCGGCAGAGAGGUUAUGUACCUCGAUGGGUCCCUGCUUGUGCAGAACCUAACUCUGAACGACACUGGAUUCUACACUUUCCAAAUCCUCUUGAUGGAUUACAGUAUUGAGGUGGUGUCUGUGGAGAUCUUUGUAUUCCCCUCCCUUUUAACCAUCUGGAAGUCACCAAUCCCUGCCCAGUUCACUAUUGACGUCAUGCCGCCCCUGGCCACUGAAGGGAGAGAGAUUCUCCUGAAGGUCCACAAUCUGCCACAGAAUCUUUUUGCCUUCCGCUGGUUCAAAGGACAGCAGACCACCACCCACUGUGAAAUUGCCUCAUACGUGACCAAGCUGAGUAUCACCACCCUAGGACCUGCAUCCGGCCGCAGAGAGAUCGUGUACCCUGAUGGGUCUCUGCUGUUACAGAACAUCACUCAGAAAGACACUGGAUUCUACACCCUCCAAACUAUAAAGGAAGAUCUGUGGAGUGAAACAUUGUCCUGUAUCGCCCUGAUCCGACCAAAGCCUACAGCCACAGAAAAGGGGCAUGUAGUCCUGAUCUGUCUGUCUAGUGACUUUAGAAUCUCUAUCCGGUGGAUCUUCAAUAACCAGAGUCUUGAGGUCACCAAAAGGAUCAGCCUAUCAUGAACUUUUCUCAGGAGAAACCCCAUCAGGAAGGAGAAUGCCAAGGAGUGCAGGUAUAAAGUCUCCCACCCUAUCAGAUACACUUGGACACUACUAAAGAAACUGCAGCUAUGA